UUCGCCACCUAUAAAGCUUAGCAAUGGAAGAUGAGGAAAUUCUCAAGGAGAAAGAGUUCUUGGCUGGCACCGGAGAAAGAACGACUCUCGACCAAACCAUGCUGCCUUCAGUAGAGACCUUUGAAAUUAAUGAUCCAAAGCCCAAGAAGAGAAAUGGAAUAAACUGCGUCGUAGCCCUGGGGGCCAUCUACCUGAUUCUGCUCACUGCAGGUGCUGGGCUGAUGGUGGUGCAAGUUCUACAUCUGCAGGAGCGGCUCCAGGUCCUGGAGAUGACCUCUAACAAUAAAACACUGGCCACCGAGCCUUCGCUGCAGGCCCAGCUCUCCCAGUUCCAUACCCAGCAGAAGCAGCUACAACAACGUGUGGACCACUUUACUCAGAUCCCAGGACCCCCAGGACCCCCAGGACGCCCAGGAUCCCAAGGCCCACCAGGAAUCAAGGGAGAAGCAGGAAGAAAGGGAGACACGGGCAUGAAAGGAGACAUGGGCAUCAUGGGGCCUCCCGGAGCCCGGGGGGAUAAAGGUGACUCAGGGAGGCCCGGUUCCCCAGGUGUGGCUGGAAUUCCUGGGAUCAAAGGAGAUCAAGGACAGCCUGGAGCGAAGGGUCUUCCAGGCUUUCCAGGAGCUUCGGGAUCCCCAGGUGCCAAGGGUGAGCCUGGCAGCAUUGGUCUCACUGGGUCAAUAGGACCGCCAGGGAUGCCCGGGAUUCCAGGAGCCGCAGGUGUGAAAGGAAGCAAGGGGGACACAGGACUUCAAGGACAGAAAGGAACAAAAGGAGAAUCAGGAUUUCCAGGCCUUGCAGGCGUGAAGGGAGAGAAGGGAAGCCCAGGCCUGACAGGCCCCAAGGGUGCACCUGGACCAGGUGGCCAAAAGGGAGAGCCCGGAGCGAGAGGAUCUUCUGGGCCACAAGGAGCAAAGGGAGAAAAAGGUCAAAAAGGCGAGCCCAUGGUAGCCGUCCGGAUUGCCGGCUCUAGGAACCGAGGCCGGGCUGAAGUUUACUAUAAUGGUGUCUGGGGGACGAUUUGCGAUGAUGACUGGGAGGAUGUGGAUGCCACUGUCUUCUGCCGUAUGCUGGGUUACACUUCGGGAACUGCCGUUUAUAACGUGGGAGCUGGCACUGGAACCAUCUGGCUGGACAACGUUGGCUGUCAAGGGUCGGAAUCAAGCCUGUGGAACUGCAGCAAGAACAACUGGGGCACCCACAACUGCAACCACAAUGAAGAUGCGGGCGUGAACUGCCGCUGAUUCCACAGCCUGUUCACUGCUCUGCCCUGAGGUGUCCACGGCCAAGACGCUCAGCCCACAAAGGGACGCCAUGCUCUCUGAGGGGCUGCCUGGGGUGGCGGACAGCCUCUGAAGUGGGCUCGCUAAUAAAGCUUAAAGCACUAC